ACUUUUUAUGUGAUAAUUUGUCGAUAGAUAAUUAAUUAAUCUAGUGAAAAGCCUUUAACAUUUAAAAAUCAUGAGUUACUCUCGUGGGUGUUUAUGCACGUGUGUGUGGUGGCAUCAGCUGAUCUGAAAUCCAGAGGUUAUGGAGCCGACAGUGAAACGUCAACGUGUUGAGCAAAGAGGAUGGACUAAAGUAGAGGCCUAGUUCUGGGGGUUGGAGUGACAGUAACAGUCCCAAUAUAAAGUGAAAUAAUGGAGCGGUGUCAAUAUUUUGUGGAGAGAAAAAAGAGAUACUGCAAGAUGACAGUGAAAAAAGGGAAUAAAUUCUGUGGAGAGCACAUGGAAGUCUCCAGAGAAAUCCCUAAGGAAAAAAAAAGAGUCACCUGUCCCCUAGACAAUUCUCAUACCUGUUAUGAGUCCAGGCUCGAGAAACAUUUGAAGGUCUGCAAUGCCAAGAAAAUUAUUGACGCUAAACCAGAGUUUAUUGUUGAUGGAAUAAAUAGAGGAAAUGUUCAGGAAAAUCCGGAACGUGUCACUUUGAAUUUACUAGAGGAUGAUGUUGUUGAGGGGAUUAUCAGGAGAGUGGAGGCUGCAUACGAAGAUUUACCAGAAGUUCAGGAGCUGAUGCUUCAGCAUGAUGUCCUCGAUGCUGAAGUGAAUAAUCCGAGUUAUGGAAAAAAUACAAGGAAGCACUUGAUUCAGAAUUCUUCCAUCCUGGGACACAUUGCUCGAGCAGGAUUGGCUCGAGAGGACACAUGUUUCAUUGAAUUCGGUGCAGGCAAAGGAAAACUGACGUAUUGGCUGGCACAGAUGCUGAAAGACGUGGACAACAGCACAAUUGUCCUAGUGGAUCGUUCCAGUCACCGGAAUAAAAACGAUAAUAAAUUGAGAAAUGAAGAGACAACAGUGAAGACUAUUCGCAUUCGUGCAGAUAUCGGUGAUCUUGUCUUGAGUAAAAUCUCAGAGAUCAAGGGUAUCAAGCACAAGGUUGGAAUUGCCAAACAUUUGUGUGGAGCUGCAACUGACUUGACGAUACGAUGUUUAUCUCAAUUAGCAAGAGAUGAUGUGAAUUCAGAAGUAUCUGGACUGAUAAUAGCCUUCUGCUGUCACCACAGAUGCGACUACUCCUCGUACGUCGGUAAAAAUUACCUGAAAACCUGUGGAUUCACUCCAGAAGAGUUCCCCAUUUUAUGCAGUAUCGCAAGUUGGGCGACUUGUGGUACCGGAAAGAGCAGAGAGGUUCUGAAUGAUCCCACGCUCAUCGUAAAAUGGGAGAAGAGAGAGUCGGCAGGAAGAAAAGUCAAAGGAUUACUGAACUGGGGGAGGAUAGAGCACCUGAGAACUCUAGGAUUCGACAGUCACCUCUACUAUUACAUCACCCCAGAGAUAUCCCUGGAGAAUAUGUAAUCAACUUGACGUGCAUCGAAGGCGUCACAUUAUCAGCAGCUAUUUUUUUUAUUCUGUGAAUGCCUUCAUUCCCCCACUGCAAACGCAUACACACACACUCGGAUCAUCUUUCCUGACAUGCACAUGCAUCCAGUGACUAUAUACUGUAUAUACCAAAGCAAAUAGCCUUCAGCCUUCAGUGCAAGUGUUGACGAUUCACGCGACAGUCGAUCGCAAGAGAACGAUUCCAUCCAAGUAAACAAGAGAACUUGCAUUUGUUAUUACUGUUGAUUAUUUAAAAAAAA